AUGCAUCGAUACUUUUUGAUCUUCAUCUGCUUGAUACACAGUAUCUAUUCGUCAAAUGAUUCUAAUGAAACCCAAUUCUCUGAUAGUUCAACGUCUAUACAGUCAACCAGUUGGUCAUCAUUGGAAACUUCAUCAACAAACAAACCUGUAACGACACCUCGCACCUAUUAUCCCGAUACAUUCAGUCCGGCAGCUAUUGUCGGCGUUAUCAUUGGUUCAUUGAUAUUUGUUAUUUUCAUAUCUGUUAGUUCAUAUUGUAUCCGACGUCAAAGAUAUUAUUAUUUACCAUAUUAUCAUAACUAUCGUCCAAGCUAG